AGCUGCUUUCUUUUUAUGCAGGAAAUGAAUACUCUUUAUAGGUUUUGGUCAUACUUUUUAAGAAGCAUAUUUGUAGAAUCUAUGUACAAUGAAUUCCGAAAAUUGGCACUAGAAGAUGCUGCUGCAAAUUAUAAUUACGGAAUGGAGUGCCUGUUCAGGUUCUACAGUUAUGGUUUGGAGAAGGAGUUUAGGGAGGACCUCUAUGCAGACUUUGAACAAUUGACGCUCGACUUCUACAAUAAAGGCAGUCUGUACGGUCUGGAAAAGUAUUGGGCACUUCACCAUUACCGUGAGGAGCAUGGUGAGAGAUCUCCUUUAAAGAGGCACCCAGAUUUGGAUAGAUUGCUAAGGGAAGAAUAUCGUAGUUUGGACGACUUCAAGCAUACCAAAGGGAAGUUUCCAGCAGUAAAAGAGGAUGGCUAGUUGUCAGGCGUGACAGGUUGCAGCUUCAGUUGUCUGACAUCAUCAAUUUUGGAAAGCCAGUUGUAACAGUUUUGCAAGCAAGUUCGUGAUCCAUUUUGAAUGUGAUAGUGAUAUUGUACAUAGGAUCUGGAUAGGGUUGUCUAUACCUCUGAUGGCUGAAUGCAGUCUUGUUUAAGAUUGAAGAAGUCUGCUACCUCAGUGACGCAUCCAUUUUCCCUUCCAGAUUAUAGUUUGUAAAUAGGGAGAGCAAAAAUAAAAAUAAAAAUAAAAAAAAUAAUGGACAUCAAUUGUAAUUUGCGUCUUGUGAAAUUAAACAUGUCCCUAACCUUAAAGAGAGAGAGAGAGAGAGAGAGAAUCAAUGAAAUGAGAAACCUGUUUUGGAGAUUACAA